GCUCCUGAUUCGCAUUAGCGGUGAAUCCGAUCGUGAUACGUAUUUGCUUUGCUCAUGUAACCGCGGAUCGGAUCGCCGAUUCGUACUAGCAGGUGGCUACAUGAGUCGGUAUUAGCAACUCUGUGAGAAGGCCCAGCCUGGUUAUGGUUUCACUUGUCUCAGCAUGGCACACAUUCAUUUUCCUUCAUGCCAUAAUAUGCUUCUGGGGAGUUCAAGCUGAGGUGGAACCACCACCCAGCAACUGGGACUACCUCAUUUUCACCCAGGAGUGGCCGCAGUCAGCCUGCAUUGCCUACAAAGGGGAGAACAGCCAGCGUGCCUGUGAGAUCUUCAGCAAUGUCACCUCAUGGACAGUGCAUGGGGUGUGGCCCACCAAGGCCGGGACAAAGGGUCCGCACAACUGCCAGAAGCUGCCAUUUGACCUGGAGAAGCUGCGACAGAUCGAGCCCAGCCUGCUGAUGAGGUGGCCCAACAUCUAUGCCGGAAAGUCGGUCUACUCGCUGUGGAAGCACGAGUGGCUGAAGCACGGCACGUGCGCUGCCGAGCUGCCCUCUAUCGGCGACGAGCACGACUACUUCGCGCUGGGUCUGCACUGGUCGGCCACCUACCAGCCCCUGUCCGUCCUGGAGACUGCUGGAGUCCGGCCCGGGGCGGACAGGUUCCAGUGGGCGCAGAUCCGCGACGCUCUGACGGCUCACUUCAGCACGAAGAUGAUUGUUGACUGUGAAUUGGACCGGGAGACCAAGCUGUGGUACCUGACCCAGAUCAAACUCUGUCUGGACAAAUCGUUUGUGCCCACCGACUGCCACAACAAGAGUGAGCCGAUCAGCACGGGCUGUCCGGCGGAGGGUAUUCUUUACCCUCCCAUUAUCCCCACUCCGGUCCCUGUGCUGAAGCCCGAACAGGCAGAGAAGCAGGAGUCUGGUACAGAACAGGAGCAGGAGACAGUGCCUGGAAAGACUCCGGCCAAGGAGGAACUGGUGGAGAUAUUCACGAUCGAGCUGUCCAAGAACGAGGUGGUUCCUCGGACCAGCCGCUGGUACAGCUGGUAUCGUAUGUCGGGCCGGCCGUACUGAUACCCCGGCCUGUGGGGCUGCUACAGCUUGCGUGCGUAAUGCGUAUUCCGUUUAGCUUCAGUGUGUGGUGACCUCUGGGGUUUGGCGCCAUCUAUAAAAGCUUCUCGCUACGUAACUGGCGCUAGAUGGCAAGUUACCGUAUUUGAUGAACUCGGAGGCUGUUCUCCGGUUCUUUUUGGGUGUUACUUAUUUGAAGUCAUUGCUAAUCGGUAUUGGUUAGUCUUUUCAGUUUAGGUGACGUGUUUUGUAAACGACAAGGUGUUCUUAUCUAAGUUAAUGGUUUGUUUUCAUUGUGUGACCCACCGUGACAUAAGCCAAAUCGACGGAAAAAGUGCGUUACUUCGUUUGUGUGGGCUUAUCUCAUUUGCUAGAAACAAUGGCCAUUGUUUUCUCAUUUUUGGGUGUGAUGGUUUCAAUGAAAAAUCAUUCCCCGUUUUCUUAACCAUCGUCAAGUUUUGGCCACAAUAUUGUGACACGAUGCUUGGCUUGAAGUAUUUGGAAUGGCGAGUUCAGAGUUGUUUUACCUUUGUUGCCAAAUGGACCACAUUUACCCACCAACUGUUCAAGUCGUAUCCGACUUAUCCCGUGACAAGGGUGCCUCACUGCCUAUGCUGAUGUACUGACGCCUGUAGAGUGACUUUCGCCUCCGAACUUACGAUACCCGUUGAUCUUGGCAUUAACCCUACGGACAAGACCCUGUUCGUGCUAUGUUGGGUCGCUGCAUCGCUCAGCAUGUGUAUAACGUCGGUCCGAUCUGCUCAGUGACUGGAGCUGUGAUAGAGGGCGUGCCGGGUGUCACUUGUACUUAAAGACAUGACAAUAAAGGGGUAUAGCAAUA